UCACUCCUGCGCUCGGAUCAUUCCAGCUCCACUCCCGCUGCGGCGCAUGGAGGACUGUAAGCAGACCCCCGCACAGCCCCGCACAGCCCCGCAGACAUGAAGGCUUUCUCCGGAGGAGGUGGAGGAGUUUCCCCGCUGCUGCCGCCGCUGCUGCUGCUGCUGCUCGGCCGCUGCUGGAGCACCAGCCCCGGCAGGAAAGUGUGCCAGGGCAUGAGCAACCAGCUGACCUUGUUGGGGACCCGUGAGAAUCACUAUGAAAACAUGCGGAAGAUAUAUUCCAACUGCUCCGUCGUCCUGGAGAACCUGGAGGUCACCUACACCCUGGAGCACCAUGACCUGUCCUUCCUCCAGUCCAUCCAGGAAGUUGGCGGUUACGUCCUGAUCGCCAUGAACGAGGCGGCGGUCAUCCCGCUGUUCAACCUGCGGCUCAUCCGAGGACAGAACCUCUACGAGGGCAAGUACGCUCUGCUGGUGAUGUCCAACUACAACAAGAACCCCUCGUCUGCCACUCUGAACUACACCAGUGGGCUGAGAGAGCUGCAGCUCAGCAGUCUGAGCGAAAUUCUUGAUGGCGGCGUGAGGAUGACCCACAAUCCUUUGCUGUGUAAUGCAGAGAGCAUCAAGUGGUGGGACAUCCUGGACAAAGACAGCAACCCCAGCAUGUUUUUCAUGCCGGACAACUACUCUCAGGACUGUCAGAAGUGCGACGCCAGCUGUGUUAACGGCUCGUGUUGGGCGCCGGGACCGGAUCACUGCCAGAAAUUCACCAAGCUGCUGUGUGCAGAGCAGUGCAGCAAAAGGUGUCGAGGUCCCAAACCCAUCGACUGCUGCAACGAACACUGUGCGGCCGGAUGCUCCGGACCUCGAGCCACCGAGUGCCUGGCCUGCAGGGCUUUUAACGACGAUGGGACCUGUAAGGACACCUGUCCUCCCCUGAAGCUGUACGACCCCAAAACCCACCAGGUGGUCGACAACCCCAACGCCAAGUUCACCUUCGGGGCGACCUGUGUCAAGGCCUGCCCACAUAACUACGUGGUGACCGACGGCUCGUGUGUCCGGACCUGCAGCGCUGGGAUGUACGAGGUGGAGGAGAAAGGAGUCCAGCGGUGUAAAGCUUGUGAUGGACCCUGUCCGAAAGCCUGUGACGGAGUCAACAUCGGCUCUCUGGCCAACACGAUCGCCGUCAACGCCUCCAACAUCGAGUCGUUCCGGGACUGCACCAAAAUCAACGGUGACAUUGUCCUAAUCGAAACCUCCUUCACCGGCGACCUGCACUAUAACAUCCCACCCAUGGACCCCGAGAAGCUGAAGUACUUCGAGACAGUGAAGGAAAUCACAGGUUUCCUGCUGAUCCAGUCGUGGCCGAAGAACAUGACGUCUCUGUCAGUGUUCGAGAACCUGCAGAUCAUCCGGGGAAGAACGACACACUCGCAGCACAGUCUGGCCGUGGUGAGGCUGAAGCACCUCCGCUGGCUCGGCCUGCGCUCUCUGAAGGAGGUGAGCGCCGGGAAGGUUUUGCUGAAGGACAACCCCGAGCUGUGCUACACCCAGUCCCAGCAGUGGUCCCGCCUCUUCAGGUCCAAGGACCAAACCAUCGGCAUGCGCAACAAUGCUCUGCCCACCACCUGCAAGCAGCAGAAUCUAACCUGCGAUGAGGAAUGCUCAGAGGACGGCUGCUGGGGUCCCGGGCCCACCAUGUGUAUGUCAUGUCUCCACUUUGACCGCAGGGGGCGCUGUGUGCCGGUCUGCAACCUGCUGCAGGGUGAGCCCAGAGAGGUGGAGGUGAACGGCAGCUGUGUGGAGUGCCACCCGGAGUGUCUGCUGCUGAACGAGACUCCGACCUGCCGCGCACCGGGCCCGGACCAGUGCUCCCAGUGUGCCCACUUCAAAGAUGGCCCCCACUGCGUGGCACGCUGCCCACACGGCGUGCAAGGAGACGGAGACACGCUGAUCUGGAAAUACCCCGACAGCUCGGGCCAGUGUCAGUCCUGCCACCAGAACUGCACCCAGGGGUGUUCAGGUCCUGGUCUCUCCGGAUGCUCGGGCGCUGCAGCACAGUCCACGCUGGCGCUGAGUGUGGUGGGCGGGCUCCUGGCCGCCGUCAUCCUGUCAGUGUGCAUCUUCGUGUUUGUACGGCGAAAACGAAUCAAGAAGAAGAGGACGAUGCGCCGCCUCCUACAGGAGAGAGAGCUGGUGGAGCCGCUGACUCCAAGCGGUCAGGCUCCCAACCAGGCGCUGCUGAGGAUCCUGAAGGAGACGGAGUUUAAGAAGGUCAGGGUGCUCGGCUCCGGGGCCUUUGGGACCGUCUUCAAGGGUUUGUGGAUCCCUGAAGGUGAGAAUGUGAAGAUCCCAGUGGCCAUCAAAGUUCUCAGAGAAGCCACGUCGCCCAAAGCCAACAAAGAAAUCCUGGAUGAGGCGUACGUGAUGGCGAGCGUGGAUCACCCCCACGUGUGCCGGCUGCUGGGCAUCUGCCUGACGUCCUCGGUGCAGCUGGUGACCCAGCUGAUGCCGUACGGCUGCCUGCUGGACUACGUCCGGCACCACCGGGACCACGUGGGCGCUCAGUGGCUGCUCAACUGGUGCGUGCAGAUCGCCAAGGGGAUGAAUUAUCUGGAAGAGCGUCAUCUGGUGCAUCGAGAUCUGGCGGCGAGAAACGUUCUCCUAAAACACCCUAACCACGUAAAAAUCACAGAUUUUGGCUUGGCUAAGCUGCUGACAGCCGACGAGAAGGAAUACCACGCUGACGGAGGAAAGGUUCCCAUCAAGUGGAUGGCGCUGGAGUCCAUCCUGCAGUGGACCUACACUCAUCAGAGCGACGUCUGGAGCUACGGAGUGACGGUGUGGGAGCUGAUGACGUUCGGCUCCAAGCCGUACGACGGCAUCCCGGCCAGCGAGAUCGCCUUGGUGCUGGAGAGAGGCGAGCGGCUGCCUCAGCCUCCCAUCUGCACCAUCGACGUCUACAUGAUCAUGGUCAAAUGCUGGAUGAUCGACCCCUCCAGCCGCCCUCGGUUCAGAGAGCUGAUCGGGGAAUUCUCUCGGAUGGCCAGCGAUCCGUCCAGAUACCUGGUUAUACAGGGAGACCUGCCCAGCCCCUCAGACAGCAGGUUCUACUCCCGCCUGCUCAGCACCGAGGACACAGACGGCAUGGUGGACGCCGAAGAAUAUCUGCUGCCUUACAAAGGCCUGAAUAACCACGACGGCCGGGCCUGCAGUGCCACGAACGGUCAUCCGGUCCGAGAGAACAGCAUCGCCAUGCGGUACAUCACCGACCCGACUCAAGGCGCUCUGGAUAAAGAAGACUUCAACGACCACGAGUACAUGAACCAGAGCAUGAGUGAAACCAGCCAGAGCAGCAGGCAGUCGGAGGUUUUGAAUCCCAACUACGAGGACUUGACAGAGGGCUGGGGCGCCACCUCGCCCCCGUCCGGUCCCGAGUACCUGAACACGACGCAGAGCUCGCUCCCUCCGCUGACCAGAGACUGUCUGGACAACCCGGACUACCAGGCGGACUUCGUGCCGCAGACGUCCAGCGACGCUCUGAACGGGAACGGCCUGUUCCUCCCCGCGGCGGAGAACCUGGAGUACCUGGGCCUGAGCGCGGCGCUGCACGCUCCCGUCCGCUAGGGGGCGUGGUGGGCAUCACAAUCCAGGCUGCAGACAGAGUUGGACUGAUUUUCUAGCAUCUGGAUUUAUUUCAAACCGUUCAAGGACAAAAUUUUAACCCACAACUGAGAAAGACUCCAUGUUCGUGGAGCGACGGACUCGUGGGACUGCCUGCCACCGACUUCACUGAAGUUCAUUUUUCAAAAUGAUUUUUUAUUGUUUGUUUGUCUCUUCCUCCGUCAGCAUCAAUAUUUCGCCCCCCGAUAACAGAUAACACCAGGCACACUGAUCUGACUGCUAUCUUUAAAAUUAGAAAUACCCAAAAGCUGUUGAUUGGAGUAAAGAGCAUCUCUGUCGCUAUUUAAUUGAACUCCUGUUUACCACAGCAGCACCAAGUUACCUUGAACCAAGACGAGAUAUGCAAAAAAGGUCAAUCUUGGUCUUUCCAAAUAUUUGUUUCAUUUAUUGUAAAAGUAGAUUGAAGAUGUGCAGCGUCUCUCUCGUGCUUUCCGAGUCGACUUUUGGCAUCAUUAUUCUGGCGAUCGUCUCCAACCAGAGGAGCUCUGUUACUGUUUAAAGGAAUACUCCACCCAAAAAACGAUUUGGCCUCAUUUUCUACUCACCCUCAUGCUGAGAAACACUCUGGAGCACUUUUUUGACGUUUCAAAUGCAGUUGGAGAUGUUUGGGGAUUUUCGU